AAGAAAAUAAACCUACCGCUGCUAACCAGGCUAGUUAUGGAACCGGACCCUAAACACUGCCUGUGCCGACAGUAAGUGGAGCCGAGUGGCCCUCCCUGCACACAGCGACUCUCUUUGGGGAGAAUAACCCGGGGACCGCAUGUUUUUUUUCGGACGGUUUCUCCUUAUUGUGUCGGAGUCAAGUUGUGGACGCAAGCCAGGAGACGCUUUCAUUAGCUAGCUAGCCGAGCUAACCGUAGCUUAGCCAAGGAGCAGCGGGUGAACUUCGCAUGGACCGGGCGCUGCGAACGGGAGAGUAGCCUGCCGCCUCGCCGCCAGCCUCCUGUCGGUUCUGGGCUUCACAUGGGAGUCGGUCGCUGCUCCAUGGACACUAUCGCCCCGGGGCGCCAAGGCGACCACUGUGUGCAAAUGUUGUUUUUGGGGCUGACGCCAUCACGUUAUUGAUCUGGAAAGCUAACAGGAUAUUAGCCAGCUUUCUCGCCUCUCCGCUUUGUGGUCGCAGGCCACGGACUGAGAAGCAUUCAUCCCUGGCUGAGUGAUGAGGAGGCUGGCUGGAUGGCAGCUAAUUAUUUAACGGGAAGCAGCAAUUGGAUACAACGGAACGGACAAAAGGAGCGUUUGAUUUGAAGGUAGUCUCCGAGUACCGCUGCCCCACUUUGGUCUUUUUCUGAUUAGAACUUGAAAAUGCAUCGCAGUGCUGGAGCUUAUCCGAAGUUGGGAUAGAAGAGACGCACAGGAACACGUCGGGAUUACAGCUCCACCUCCAGAGAAACUGCUGCCGAGAAGGGGAAACUGAAGUUUGUAUAAUGUCUACCGCAAAAGAAAACCCCUGUAGGAAAUUCCAGGCGAACUUCUUCAACAAGAGCAAAUGUCAGAACUGCUUCAAGCCUCGAGAGCUGCAUCUGCUGACGGACCAGGAUCUGACCCAGGCUAAACCUAUUUAUGGUGGAUGGCUUUGCUUGGCCCCGGAGGGAACUGACUUUGACAAUCCUAUGCAAAGAUCCAGGAAAUGGCAAAGAAGAUUCUUCGUGCUGUACGAGCAUGGCUGUUUACGCUUUGCCCUGGACGAGUCGCCAAGCACGCUGCCUCAGGGAACCGUGAACAUGAACCUCUGCGCAGACGUCAUCGACGCUGAGCCCAAGACCGGCCAGAAGAACUCCCUGUGCAUCAUCACGCCAGACCAGGAGUUCUUCAUCAGAGGAGAGAAUAAAGAGAUCAUCAAUGGGUGGAGUGAGCAGCUGGUGGUUUACCCCCGCACCAACAAACAGAACCAGAAGAAGAAGCGCAAGGUGGAGCCUGCAACCUCCCAGGAGCCAGGUCCAGCCAAGGUAGCAUUGACUGGCUCUGGUAUCCCUGAGGCAGAGAAGGUUCCAGACUCCAGCUCCUUAAUCUGGCAGGAGGAGCUGAACCAGAGGGAGGCUGAGGGAGCUGUAGUCUGGGCCACUGCUGAUGUGCCCCUAGGAUCACCACUGCCCUCCACAGGUGAAUGUGCGUCUGUGGGCCACGGCUCAGAUGCAGGCUCAGUCAAUGGCGACGAGGUGGACCGGGGAAGCCUGCCAAUGCUCAGCUCUGUGCCGCAGCCACCCAGUGACGUUCUCUCCCCCUCCGGAUCCUGCUCCAGCCUGGGAGGAAUCCCACGCUGCCUCUCCCCAGCCCCCAGCGACCCCUUUCCCUCUGGCAGCUCCCUGCUCUCCAAUGGCUCGCACAUCAGCGGCUCGGUCAGCUCUUUGGACUCGGAUGCCAGCGGCAGCACAGUGACCAGCACAGACAGUCACCCGAGGGGCAGUCAUCCCUACAGCCACCACGACACGCCGCGGUCCAGGCGGCUGGAGGCUGAUGCCAGAAAGGCAGAGAAGAGGAGUCGGUAUAGGAGCCCUGACAGGCAGGAGAGGGAGGUCGUCCUCAGCCCUGAGAGGAGUCGCUCUGGCGUUAUUGAGAAGCUGGAGGCCUUGGAGCUGGAGAAUCAAGAGAAAAUGGAGGUGGAAGAGUUGGGGAGGACCGGAGAGAGACAGGGCCGAAGUGAGCACAGGCGCUUCCACAGAGAGGGUCGCGACUUCCCCUCCACCCUGCCCCCUCUGAGGAGAGCCAAGUCCCUGGACCGAAGGACCACUGAGUCAGUCAUGACUCCGGAUUUACUGAACUUCAAGAAAGGUUGGAUGGUGAAGCUGGAUGAGCAAGGCCAGUGGAAGAAAUACUGGUUUGUGUUGACGGAUCACAGCCUGAGAUACUACAAGGAUUCAAUAGCAGAGGAGGCCGCUGACCUGGACGGGGAGAUUGACCUGUCCACUUGCUACAAUGUAACGGAGUACCAGGCUCAACGCAACUAUGGUUUCCAAAUACAUACGCGGGAGGGAGUGCACACUCUGUCCGCCAUGACGGCAGGUAUACGCAGGAACUGGAUCCAGGCGGUCAUGAAGAACGUCAGGCCCUCCACUGCCCCUGACGUGGCCAGCUCGACUGAGGAUCAUGGCUCCUUCUCUGCUUUGGAAGGUCUGGUUAGACCAGACGUCACUAAGGACUCCCCUUCAACAGAGGCCUCUGUAGAGAGAGAAUCCGCUCCGGGUAUCACAAAGAGCCGGGCGCGCGAGCGACGACGAGAAGGCCGCUCGAAGACCUUCGACUGGGCAGAAUUCCGACCUAUCGCUCAGGCUCUGGCUCAGCAGAGGGCACAAGAGGCUGAGUGCCUUCAGGCAGACUUGGGAGAGCUCGAGCGGAGCCGGAGGCGGGAGGAGAGGCGGAAAAGGUAUGAGUCUGUGACCAGCUCAUCGACAGAGCCCACAUCCCCUAAAGAGGCAGGGAGGACAGACUAUGAGAGUGGAGAUGGGGUUGGACAGUCGGCUUCAUUAGGUCCCAUGUCUUUGGAGAGGCAGCAGAGGGUGGAGGAGGUGAUAGAACAACACUGGCAACAGGUGGAGAAGACACCCAUACGGGACGAGAGAAGGGUGGCCCUGCCCACCACAGCACAAACCAGAGAGACGGCAGAGUUGGAGCAGCUGUUGGAGAAUUACAAGCAAGGGAUCGAGGACCUAAAGUUACACUUGCAGAGCUGUCACCAGCAGCUCAUCGACUCCAACAAUCACAAACAGUUGUUGGAGCAGCAGCUGAGAACAGCUCUGGAGCGAGAGCAGGACGUCCGCACAGGUUACAUCUCUCCGGCCACCUGUGAGAGGGGCUUCACUGCCAUGGAGGAGUCCCAUCAGAAGGUUAUAGAUGAGCUGCAGAGGAAACACCAGAGAGAGCUGGAGAAUCUGCAUGAGGAGAAAGAGAGGCUGCUGGCAGAGGAGACGGCAGCCACCAUCUCGGCAAUUGAAGCAAUGAAGAACGCCCACCGUUCAGAGCUGGAGAAGGAGCUGGACAGGGCUCGCAAGGCCAACAACAACGCAGAGAACGCAGACAUGGACGAGAUGGCCAGACAGCAUGAGGAGGAGCUGUGUUCGUACCAUCGAGAGAUCGAGGUGCUGUCGGAGCAGUACUCCCAGAAGUGUCUGGAAAACGCCCACUUGGCCCAGGCGCUGGAGGCCGAGAGGCAGGCCCUUAGGCAGUGUCAGAGGGAGAACCAGGAGCUCAACGCACACAACCAGGAGCUGAACAACCGUCUGGCAGCAGAGAUCACAAAGAUGCGCUCCAUGGCAUCUGAGGACGGAGUCGGAGACACGCAUACCACGAUACAGGGGAAAGAGCUCUAUGAGUUAGAAGUGAUGCUGAGGGUGAAGGAGUCUGAGGUCCAGUACCUGAAGCAGGAAAUCAAUUCCUUAAAGGACGAACUCCAAUCUGCCCAAAGAGACAAGAAAUAUGCAACAGAUAAGUACAAGGACAUCUACACAGAGCUGAGCAUCGUCAAGGCCAAAGGGGAGCGGGAUCUGGGGCGGCUCAGAGACCAGCUGCAGCUGGCCCACGAUGCUCUUGGGGAGCCGUCGCUGGAGGAGAUGGAGCGAGGGGGAUACGAUAUCUUGAAAUCCAAAAGCAACCCCGACAUCCUCAAGAUGGCAGCUGCUGCAGCCAAGCGCUCAGAACGCACCCUGAGAUCGAAGAGUCUAAAGGAAGGGCUAACAGCUGAGCAGAGACUUCACCUGUUUGAAAACAAAGACACAAAGGAGUUCUGAUGCAUCAUGUCCACCCACCUUGGUGCAUGUUUAGCAGCCCACUAUAUUUUAGCUCUGUAAUUUCUUAUUUAGUAACACUACACACUGGUCACAAACACAGAUCAUAUAUUAUUAAAAAAAAACAUGGUAUGAAGUUUGAAUUUCAUGUCUAGAGUUUGCAUUCCAUGCACUUCAGUUAACUGUGACUUUUGUAUUGUUUGUUAUUUUUGCUGCCAUGUCUUACUGUAAAUACUGUUUUUAAUUGAGCAUUUGUCUUGCGUACACUAAAACUAUGACUGUGUAAGCUACUGUUUUAACUCCCUAGACUGUUGCUAGCCAAAGGCGUAACUGUGAUGUUUAAUGGCUGAAACGAAACCACAUACUGACGAGUGAGUAUUACUUGCAUAGCGAAAGCAUAGGAAUGAGUCCGGCGUUCAGGCGCGCACGUUAACGCUCCAUCACUCCAUAAUUAUGUUGCUUCAUCAAAGCUUGAUAUUAAAGUGACAUCAGACACGUUCUCUGUUCUCCUUGGGUCAAUCUGAGAUGUCUGUUUUAAAGGGGACGGCUGAAUGUGUACGACGGGAUUCACUAACUAUAAUUUAAAUAUAUAUAUGAAAUUUAUUUAGAGUUUUUUUUUUUUUUCUCUCACCGCAAUCAUCCAGCUGUAUAGGAGUUGUUGGAGUUGGUUUCUGUUUGUAGACUUGUUCAGUGGCAGUCCCAUUGUAUUUAUUUAAAUGGUUGGGAGGUUUUUUUUCUUUCACAUUCCCAUUCCUCUGUACUCUAUUAUUGUAAAUAUAAAGCAAAUAUACACCAACUGACUACAGGUUUAUUAGCAAUAAAUAUUUUUGCACCCUUUG